AUGACCACAAAUCCAUCUCACAUUCUGAUUGCCCGCAACUCUCGCGGACUCAAUAAUCCUUCUGCCUCUCUGAGCUCACCAACUGAGACACAUGCUGCCGCUUCUGGAGUUUUCAGAUCUUCAGGUUCUCCGCCGUGGCUAUAUGAGGAAUACGAAACUGAUGAGAUUGAGUCCGAGCUCAGUGCAGACGAGGACGAGGGGGCCGUUCCCAUUGAGAUCCAUGAAACAUUCACCAAGAACUGUAGAUUCCCGGGAACUGUGAAAAUUGUUGUUGAGAGUACAACGUUCUGGGCACACAAGGAGAUCCUUUAUUUUGCCUCUCCUUUUUUUGAAGCCGCUUUGAGUGGAAAUUGGGCGGAAACAGGGCGUCCUACGUCUAUGUCUUCUAUUGCCACUAUUUCUCAGUCGCGCCUCCGGAAGGGAGGAAGCAUACCUCGCCGUACUUCUGUUGGGAUUUCCACAGACCCAGACAAUGAUACUAGUUCAGCAGCGGAUACGUCAUCAGAAUUCGAUGAAAUGGAUGUUAUACCUGAAUUCGAUUCGUCCAAGAAUGACUCGGAACAACGAGACCAAGAUAUCUCCGAAUCUGAAAAGGCCAGGCAGCGAGAGGACAGUCUGUGGUCUCUUCAGGGUUCAGGAAAGUCUCGUUCUCUCCGAACUACUUCUUCAUCAUCUUCCACGCAAGCCCGAAUAGACUCUGCAAGUAGAUCCAUUACAGGAGCUCAGGCAAUCGUUCACUGUAAUCCUAGGAAUGGCCCAGAAGCCGAGAUCGUGCUUAAGGAAGAGAAGGCAAGCAUAUUCCACGAUUUUCUCAAAUAUAGUUAUCCACAAAUGGAAUGCACAAUUACUUGGAAUAAUGUUGCUGGCCUGAUGAACAUCUCUCAUAAAUUCUCUGUCCCCUCAUUACAAAGCGAAUGCCUUACGUUUCUCCUUACACAUGCAGCGGGAAAGCCUUUAAAGGCGAUGCGUAUCGCUGAGAUUUUUCAAGAAGAGGAGCUUUACCGUGAAGCUAGUCGUUUUGUACUCGAUAAUCCAGGAGAUAUGAACAAUCCGGAAAUGAACAUACUCAGUAAAGAAACCCUACUGAAAUUGGAAAAGCGACGUAGCUGGUUUUUAGAGCGUGUACUUAAGCUGGGCAUAACGAUGGUUGCAAAGGAGUAUCAAUGUUGCCCAACCUGUCCAGACUCUGCAGUGUGUGCAAAGCUUUUGGAAGAGAAGUGGCGGCAAGCCUAUAACGCUGUUAACCGUUUUGGAAAUCCACAACCAUCGAUGGCAUUUCGUUAUCUACGGAUGUUAGAAGGCAUCAACCCACCUUUGGCCUUAACUCACACAGCCUGUCAAGCCAGUGCCAAAGCAUUCGUUGCUACUUUAUUCGAUAGAAUGUUUUCUCUUGGCGUUCGUGGUGCAGGGACUGAUGCUGUUCCUCUGGGUGGCAGGGUUGCUGUUGCCGCUGCAUCGGCAACAGUUAACGGGCCUCGCCGGCACUUCCUAUACUGUACAUUAAAGCAGGAGCCCAGUCAAGGCCACAAGAAGGGCAAAUCUAGGGAUCUACUAUGA